AUUGAACAUGUCUGCAAAAAAGGAGCAAUCGCUCCCAAAAUACUUCGGGCUGCAAGAAAUAGGACAGAACAUAACUAAUUUGAGCAUUCAAUCACAUCUAAUAAUCUCUGCUGUGAUUCGACUUUUGCUUAUUUUCUAUGCCCAAAUUCAAGAUAACAGUUCGACUGUUCCAUAUACAGAUAUUGACUAUAAAGUCGUAACAGACGGCGCUCGGCUAGUAUUGACCGGAAACACACCAUUUGAUCGACAUACCUACCGUUAUAGUCCUAUUUUGGCCUAUAUUCAAAUUUUUAAUGUUAUUUUACAUCCAGCAUUUGGAAAAGUAAUUUACGGACUGUUUGAUCUACUCCUUGGAAUACUUAUUUAUGCCUUAGUGCGUUUUGAAUUACGAAUGAAAGCGUACAAACAUUCACAAUUGCAGAUAUCAUCGAAUAAUCCAAAAGACACAGAUGAAGAAACUACUAAAAUUGCACGCAUCUCUGCGUGCUUUUGGCUAUACAAUCCGCUUACAGCAGUAAUAUCAACCCGUGGCAAUGCUGAUAGUUUGACUAGCUUCUUUGUUAUACUAAGCGUGUAUCUUUUAAUUAGAGCGCAACAUAGCAACAUAUAUCAGUCUUUGAUUGCGCUCUGUACAGGUCUAAUUCAUGGAUUCGUGAUACACUUACGGCUAUAUCCAAUUGUAUUCAGUUUAACAUACUAUUUGGCAUUGUCAACGAGUAGCGUAUCGAAAAAACCUCGAGGACUUUUGCAAAUACUGUUUCCUAAUAGGCAACAGAUUUACUUAAUAAUCGGAACACUUAUAGGACUAGUAAGCUUUACUUCGACCUUUUAUGCGCUUUAUGGAUGGAAAUAUAUGUACGAAGCUUUUUUUUAUCACCUGAUUCGGAAGGACGUACGCCACAAUUUUUCGCUUCAGUUUUUGCUACAAUACCUGAGUAAUGCGGAUGGACUUGGAGAAACACCGACAAUUGUAAAAUUUCUUGUAGCAGCACCACAAUUGCUACUUGUAGUUUACUUAAGCUUUAGUCUUGGACGAUCUCGGCAAACACUAACUUUUUGUGUGUUUACUUUGUCUUUCGCUAUGGUCACUUACAAUUCUGUUGUUACUUCGCAGUACUUUAUAUGGUAUUUGGCUGUGCUUCCUGUAUGCAUAAAAAAUUUUAAACAUCUGUCGUUGGUAAGGUGUGCAUUGCUACUUCUUCUUUGGCUGUGCGGUCAAGCUUUAUGGCUACUACCCGGAUAUUUAUUAGAGUUUAAAUCAUGGCCAACAUUUUAUUGGAUUGGUAUACAGAGUACGACUUUCUUUGUUAUUAAUAGUUAUAUUUUAUCACAGCUGAUAAGUAAUUUUCACCUAUAAUCAUGUAAUACAAUGUACAAUAUAUUUUCUGUUUAUAGAAUAAUAAAAAUACGAUACAA